CCGGGCGGAGCGAGGGGGAAAUGCCUUACAUAGUCCCCCGCGGCCACCAUCUGAGUCCGCCGCCCAAAAUAGCCCUUGGCACGAGCUGGCUUGUCUCAUGGCGGGGAGAUGGCUGCUGCCUCCGAACCCGUAGGGCUGGGUGGCCCACGGGGCCCUGCGCGCCCGGAGCCCCCUCCCACCCGCUUCCAUGAAGUGCACGGAGCCAACAUCCGCGUGGACCCGUCUGGGACCCGAGCCACACGUGUGGAGAGCUUCGCCCACGGUGUGUGCUUCAGUCGAGAGCCCCUAGCCCCGGGCCAGGUGUUCCUAGUGGAGAUAGAGGAAAAGGAGCUGGGCUGGUGCGGGCAUCUGCGUCUUGGCCUGACCGCUCUGGACCCGGCCAGUCUGGCCUCUGUGCCCGAGUUUUCAUUGCCUGACCUGGUCAGCCUUGGCCAGAGCUGGGUCUUCGCCAUCACACGCCACCACAACCGCGUACCCCGGGAGGGUCAAGCAGAUGCAGAGUCGGCGGCCCCCAGCCGCCCCCAAGCCCUCCUGGUUGAACCCUAUCUGCGCAUCCAGCAGUUCCGAAUACCCCGGGACCGCCUGGUGGGUCGCAGUCGGCCGGGGCUCUAUAGCCACCUCUUGGACCAGCUCUACGAACAAAACGUGCUGCCUCCUACAGCGCGCCGUAGCCGCCUGGGUGUUCUCUUCUGCCCGCGUGAGGAUGGGACCGCCGACAUGCACAUCGUCAUCAACGGGGAAGACAUGGGCCCCAGUGCCCGGGGGCUGCCGUGUGCCCGGCCUCUCUAUGCCGUGGUAGAUGUGUUUGCCUCCACCAAGAGUGUGCGCCUGGUCCAACUGGAGUAUGGCUUGCCAUCUCUACAAACUCUGUGCCGUCUGGUGAUCCAGAAGAGUGUGGUGCACAGGCUGGCCAUUGAUGGGCUCCACCUGCCCAAAGGACUGAAGGAUUUCUGCAAGUAUGAAUGAGGACUCGUGGCCCCCAGAGCAAAGCCACAGAAGUGCAUCCCCGCCUGCCUCCAGAGCACUGGCUAGUCUGGAGCUGGCCACAUGGCUGAUGAUCAGGGCCAGGAAAUAAAUAGCCAGAGUGGGUGUGCUGAGCCCUGGAGGGUCUCCUUGCCUCUGCAGCCUCAGAGAGACACUUCUAGAGUCACCAUGUUGAAGAAAGUGCUUUAGAACCUGUCUAGAUCAGGGGUCCCUAGUGUGCACAGGCCUUUGAAUUAUCUAGGUCACUUGGUGAGUGCCAAGGCACCGCAUAUGCUCCUCCAUAUUCUCCUUUGGUUUGUGGGAAUUAUACCCAGUCAUCAUG